AUGUCUGCGACCCCAUCCGAAGGCAGCCGACCAAGUCGAAAGCUCAAGGUCCGCACCGGCUGCAUCACCUGCAAAAUACGCAAAGUGAAAUGUGAUGAAGAGAAGCCAUACUGCAAGCGCUGCACUGACACCGGGCGCAAAUGCGAUGGCUAUGCUGUGCAGCCAGAGAGGAAGACCGUCAAAUCAGCUACACCACCGGAUCGAGCGGUAGUACCUUUGACACAGAAAAGGCCAUCGCUCACGACAACGUCUGCCUCGAAUCGGGCGGUUCGGCGUCUGGCACCAGCCAAGUUGAUUGUUGAUGCUGCCUUCCUGUCGCCAGCGGUGUCGGGUGAAGAAAGCCCUUGGAUCGAGUUCUUCAGCAUGCGGACCGGACCUGCCCUGUCGAACGUUUUGAGUCACUCUUUUUGGUCCUUCGAUUUGCCCCAACUGAGUGCUUCAGAGCCAGCUAUCAGACAUGCAUUGAUAGCAUUGAGUUCCGCACAUGCACGCUUUGAAGCCGGCGCAGCCAACAAUCAAAUCGUGCAAAAUGCGAUAGACCCCAACUUUGUCCUGCGACAUUACAACGAAGCCAUCAAGCAGUUGAAGAUACAUCUCAGCAGAGACCCAGGAUCACUUGAUAUAGCUAUGUUAUGUUGUCUUUUGUUCAUCUCACUAGAAUGCAUUUAUGGAAACCGCAUCUUGGUCAUCGAUCAUUUACAAAAUGGCCUGAACAUGCUCAGAUCGUCGCUAGUCCAGGAUGGCGGAAAGGAAGCAUCGUCGAAUACGAUCGCCAAAUCUAUCAGACAGGAGGUCCGACCCCUUUUCCAUCGGCUGGAUUCACAGACUACCUUGAUGGGAUUCUCAGGUUCCAGCCUAUUCUACCACAUGGACAAGUUGUUGACUCUGUCUGUACCAAGAUCAUUCGACAGCUUUGAGCACGCUAAAAGCUCGCUUGAUCUACUGGUUGCUUCAAGUCUUGGUUUCAUUCGCAGCAUUCACGAUGGAAAGCACGCCGAAGCUGGGUCUGUUUCCUUGACGGGACGAACUUUACAAAUCCAUCUGCUGAGCGAGUUCUCAAUCUGGAAGAACAGCAUGGCCAACUUCGUAAAGUCAUGCAACACACUCACAGAAGACGACUACAAGAUCGAAAAAUCGCUUCGGAUGCAGCAUACAGCUAGUUUCAUCUGGCUGGCACGAUGCACUGAACUGGAAGAAUCUGGCUUUGAUGCUUACCUCCCCGAGUUUGCGUCCAUAGUCAAGUGGUCCCGAGCCCUGAUUACACCUUCGUCAGAGCCAAGGGAGCCAUGCUUGCACACACGACUGGCCGCACUUUCUGUCACCAACGUGCCGAGAUUCUCGCUCAACAUGGAAUAUAUUCCCCCUCUAUACCUCGUGGCCAUCAAGUGCCGUGACCCGAUUACACGACGCGAAGCCAUCUCCAUUCUUGAAGAAACAAAUGGCCGUGAGGGCCUCUGGGACGCGCGCCUACAUGCAAAAGUCGCCAGAAGAUUGCUAGAAGUCGAAGAAGCCAGCGUGUUGAUUUUCGAGGGUGCGAAAUCUGUUUACAUGGAACCAGGACCUAUGAUGCGCAUGAUUGCGGACGGCGAGGCGAAGGUUCCACAAAAGCCUCUAGAGUGCUUUCGGGUCCAUGAUAUGGAUAUUCGAGAUAUUUCUGAAGGUAUAAGGGGCGUGUGUAACAUCACUUGGCGGACGUAUCCCAAUGGCCUUCUCAAAGAGAAGGCGGAAUGGACAGAGGUCCUUCAUUUCUAA